CAGCCAAAGGGGGUGACCUAGGAGGAGGGCUCAGCUAACAGGAACUUUGGACUUGGGUCAAGAGUGUUCAGAGGGCUGGCAUGUGGUCUGCAGGGGAGGACAUGGCUGGGUGGCAGGGCUGGUCUCUGAGGACUAUAGCGAGAUCAGGCAGUUGUGGGCUUCAAGAAGUCUCCUUGGGCUAUCAGAUGGCUCAUUCUUACAGCAGCAGCUGUGGGGUCCAUUGACCCUGAGCCCUCAGAGGGGUGGCUGUGGGGGCCCUCCUGUCUCUUGUCUUACGAGGGCCUCAUUUGUGCUUUCUCUCCGAUAGGCAGCCAUGGGUGCCAGGCAGUGCUGAGAGCUGUGGGGCAUGGCUGCAGCCCUGCAGUUGCUGCCCCUUGUGGCCCGAGCCCCCUUGCGUCCACUCCUCUGGGGGGUCCCAGUGGCCCGGCUGGCCAGUGGCAUGGCCUUGGCAGAGCAGGCGCAGCAGCUGUUCAACAGUGCUGUGGAUGCUGUGUUGCCGGGCCCCAUGCUGCACCGGGCACUGUCCUUGGACCCUGGUGGCAGACAGCUGAAGGUGCGGGACCGGAGCUUUCAGCUACAGCAAAACCUCUACCUAGUGGGCUUUGGCAAGGCUGUGCUGGGCAUGGCAGCUGCAGCUGAGGAGCUACUGGGCCAGCAUCUCGUGCAGGGUGUGAUCAGCGUUCCUAAGGGGAUCCGUGCUGCCAUGGAGCAUGCUGGCAAACGGGAGAUGCUGCUGAAGCCGCACAGCCGUGUCCAGGUAUUCGAGGGUGCGGAGGACAACCUGCCAGACCGCGAUGCACUUUGUGCUGCACAGGCCAUCCAGCAGCUGGCCGAGGGACUCACAGCUGAUGACCUGCUGCUCGUGCUCAUCUCAGGUGGGGGCUCGGCCCUGCUGCCCGCCCCCAUCCCACCUGUCACACUGGAGGAGAAGCAGACACUCACCAAGCUGCUGGCAGCCCGUGGAGCCACCAUCCAGGAGCUGAACACCAUUCGGAAGGCGCUGUCCCAGCUCAAGGGUGGGGGACUGGCUCAGGCUGCCUACCCUGCUCAGGUGGUGAGCCUGAUCCUGUCAGAUGUGGUGGGGGACCCCGUGGAGGUGAUUGCCAGCGGUCCCACUGUGGCCAGUGCCCACAAUGUGCAAGAUUGCCUGCAUAUCCUCAAUCGCUAUGGCCUUCGUGCUGCCCUGCCACGUUCUGUGAAGACUGUGCUGGCUCAGGCUGACUCUGACCCCCAUGGGCCAUACUCUUGUGGUCACGUCCUCAAUGUGAUUAUUGGCUCCAAUGCACUGGCACUGGCUGAGGCCCAGCAGCAGGCCGAGGUGCUGGGCUACCGGGCUGUGGUGCUGAGUGCAGCCAUGCAGGGUGACGUGAAGAAUGUGGCCCGGUUCUAUGGGCUGCUGGCCCAGGUGGCUGGAACCCGCCUCACCCCAUCCAUGGCUGGGGCUUCUGUGGAAGAGGAUACAAAACUCCACGAGCUGGCAGCUGAGCUGCAGAUCCCAGACCUGCAGCUGGAGCACGCUCUGGAAGCCGUGGCAGAGGCUAGGGGCCCAGUCUGUCUGCUGGCUGGUGGGGAGCCCACAGUGCUGCUGCAGGGCUCAGGCAACGGUGGCCGGAACCAGGAACUGGCCUUGCGUGUUGGAGCAGAGCUGGGCAGAUGGCCCCUGGGGCACAUUGAUAUGCUGUUUUUGAGUGGUGGCAGUGAUGGGCAGGAUGGGCCCACAGAGGCUGCUGGGGCCUGGGUCGUGCCUGAGCUUGCCAGCCAGGCUGCUGCUGAGGGCCUGGACGUGCCCACUUUCUUAGCCCACAAUGAUUCACACACCUUCUUCUGCCGCCUUCAGGGUGGGACGCACCUGCUGCACACAGGGCUGACAGGUACCAAUGUCAUGGACAUCCACCUCUUGUUCCUGAGGCCUCGGUGAUGGCAUAGGUCACAGUUUGGGAGUCCAGAGGAGGCCUACAAGGGCAGGGUCCUAGGACAGACAGGGCUGGUGUCCAGGGCCUCACUAGGCCUUAGGGCCCCUCCCCUCCUCAGUCCUGGCUGCUCGGUUGGCCCUCACACCUCCCACUCAGGGCCUCUCUGCUGCAUGUCCAUUCCUCCCAGCUUGACUGGCAGGUGGGGGUCGCCUCUACCCAUAUGUCAUGGUAGCAGGUACCCCUGAGGACCAGGACAAGCCCCUUGGCAAGUUCACUGUUCUCUCCUGGGAAGCCCCUGUGUUGAGCCUCUCAGCCUGUUUUUUUUUUCCCUGUGGAGUGAAGCAAGAGUGACCGAAAAUAAAAAGGACCACAUUAUGGGU